CCCCCACAUCUCUCUCUAUUCUCUCUCGCUUCGCAUCGUUCAUCUGGAGACUGGUUCGCGAUGCCAUUUCGUCGCCGCCCCAGAUCUGCAAAUGCGCCGACUCCCUGAACCUCCUCCUCCUCCCCCUCAAUGUCGGCCUCCCAAUCCCUCGGCGGCCAGUCCCGCUGCGGCCGCGUGAUCGGCCCCUCCCUCGACAAGAUCAUCAAGAACGCCGCCUGGAGGAAGCACUCCCACAUCGUCUCCGCCUGCAAAUCCGCCCUCGACAAGCUCGAGACCAUCCCCUCCGCCCCCUCCCCCGUCUCGGCCGAUCCUCCCUCUCCCUUGCUCGGCCUCUCCCUCUCCGACUCCGACUUCGUCCUCCAGCCCCUGAUCCUCGCCCUCGACUCCGCCUACGGCAAGAUCGUGGAGCCCGCGCUCGAGUGCGCCUUCAGGCUCUUCUCGCUCAACCUCGUCCACGCGGAGAUCGGUGACGUCGCCGGCUAUGGCGAUCAGGCCAGCGCCGGUGGAGGUUCGGGCUCGAUCUUGAGGCUGUUGCAGGGCGUGUGUAAGUCAGGCGGGAUCGGGGAGGAGGCCAUCGAGCUCGGCGUGCUUAGGGUUGCGCUAGCGGCUGUACGGUCGCCUUGCCUUUUGAUUCGAGGAGAUUGCUUGUUGCAUUUAGUCAGGACUUGUUACAAUGUGUAUCUCGGUGGCCAGAAUGGGACUAACCAGAUCUGUGCCAAGUCUGUUCUGGCGCAAAUCGUGGUGAUUGUUUUCAGUCGGGCUGAGGAGGACUCGAUGGCUGUUAGUUUCAAGACGGUGUCUGUUAGUGAGCUAUUGGAGUUUACGGAUAAGAAUUUGAACGAAGGGAGCUCCAUACAUUUUUGUCAGAAUUUUGUUAACGAGGUUGUUGAUGCCAACGAUGGGACUGCUGUGAAUAAGAAUUUGGAAUUGCAUUCGACCUCAGACUUGCAAAAUGGGGAUGUCCCUGGGGUGAAAGAGGAUGAGAAACACGAAUUGAGUGAUGCAGAGUCGACUGACGGAGCUAAAUCAGGCGGUGGCAGUAAGAUUAGAGAAGACGGGUUUCUUCUUUUUAAGAACUUGUGUAAACUGUCGAUGAAAUUCUCAACUCAAGAGCAGACCGAUGAUCAAAUACUUUUGAGAGGGAAAAUUUUAUCUUUGGAGCUGCUGAAGGUCGUCAUCGACAAUGGUGGUCCUAUUUGGCGCACAAACGAGAGGUUUCUCAGCGCCAUUAAGCAGUUUCUCUGCUUAUCAUUACUAAAGAACAGUGCAUUGUCAGUCAUGGCUAUUUUCCAGCUUCAAUGUUCUAUUUUUAUGAGCCUCUUAUCAAAGUUCAGAUCAGGGUUGAAAGCAGAAAUUGGAAUAUUCUUUCCCAUGCUUGUGCUUCGGGUGCUUGAGAAUGUUCUGCAGCCUAGUUUUUUACAGAAAAUGACGGUUCUCAACCUAUUGGAGAAGAUAUCUCAGGAUUCGCAGAUUCUCAUUGAUAUCUUUGUUAACUACGACUGUGACUUGGAUGCCCCAAACAUUUUUGAAAGGACUGUUAAUGGUCUACUUAAAACUGCCUUGGGACCACCAGCUGGUUCAGCCACAACCUUGUCUCCAGCUCAGGAUAUUACCUUUCGGCAUGAGUCAGUGAAGUGCUUAGGUACCAUCGUUAAAUCAAUGGGAGGUUGGAUGGACCAACAGCUGAGAAUAGGAGAAUCCUCUCAUACACGAUUUCCGGAAAGUGAUGUAUCAACAGAGGCUCAUUCUACCUCCAAUGGAGAGGAUGCAGCUGUCUCAGAUUAUGAUUUUCAUCCUGAAGUAAAUCCAGAAUUUUCUGAUGCUACCACCCUUGAGCAGCGUCGAGCCUACAAGAUGGAGCUUCAGAAAGGUAUUGCACUGUUUAAUAGGAAACCUUCCAAGGGAAUUGAGUUUCUUAUCGGCACAAAAAAACUUGGUGGUUCUCCUGAAGAAAUCGCUGCUUUUCUGAAGAAUGCUUCUGGUUUGAAUGAAACUGUGAUAGGUGAUUAUUUGGGGGAGAGGGAUGAGUUUCCCUUAAAAGUUAUGCAUGCUUAUGUGGAUUCGUUCAAUUUCAAAGAAAUGGAUUUUGGGGAGUCCAUAAGGUUCUUCCUACGAGGCUUCAGGCUGCCUGGGGAGGCACAGAAGAUUGAUCGCAUAAUGGAGAAGUUCGCUGAACGCUAUUGUAAAUGCAACCCAAGUUCAUUCACUAGCGCAGAUACUGCAUAUGUUCUUGCUUACUCUGUGAUAAUGCUUAACACAGAUGCGCAUAAUAACAUGGUUAAGGAUAAGAUGAGCAAGGCUGAUUUCAUCCGGAACAAUCGAGGAAUAGAUGAUGGGAAGGAUUUACCGGAAGAAUAUCUUGGUGCCCUUUAUGAUCAAAUUGUUAAAAAUGAAAUUAAAAUGAGUUCUGAUUCUCCAGCUCAACAGAGCAAGCAGGCGAACAGCCUGAAUAAACUGCUAGGAUUGGACGGUAUUCUCAAUCUAGUCACUGGGAAGCAGACAGAGGAAAAAGCGUUAGGUGCAAAUGGGCUUCUCAUAAAGCACAUCCAGGAACAGUUCAAGGCCAAAGCUGGAAAAUCAGAGUCUACGUAUCAUUCUGUCACCGAUAUAGCAAUACUGAGAUUUAUGGUGGAGGUCUGCUGGGCUCCUAUGUUGGCUGCAUUCAGUAUGACACUCGACCAGAGCGAUGAUAGGCUUGCUACUGCUCACUGUUUGCAGGGAUUUCGUUAUGCCGUGCAUGUCACUGCAAUCAUGGGUAUGCAAACGCAGAGAGAUGCCUUCAUGACGUCUGUUGCAAAGUUCACUUACCUCCACUGUGCUGCUGAUAUGAAGCAAAAGAAUGUUGAUGCCGUUAAGGCAAUCAUAUUGAUUGCUCUUGAAGAUGGUAAUCAUCUUCAGGAAGCCUGGGAGCACAUACUAACGUGCCUUUCUCGAAUUGAGCAUCUUCAACUAUUAGGAGAAGGUGCCCCUACCGAUGCAUCUUUUCUUACUGCAUCAAAUGGUGAAACAGAGGAACGAACACCUAAACCCAUUGGCCUUUCAUCUCUAAAGAAAAAGGGAACUAUUCAGAAUCCUGCAGUGAUGGCUGUUGUUCGCGGGGGUUCAUAUGAUAGUACUACAGUUGGAGUUAAUUCUUCUGGACCAGUAACUCCUGAGCAGCUCAGUAACUUCAUAUCAAACUUGAAUUUGCUGGACCAGAUUGGGAACUUUGAGCUAAACCACGUCUUUGUUCAUAGCCAACAGUUGAACAGUGAAGCAAUUGUUGCUUUUGUGAGGGCCCUUUGCAAGGUUGCUAUGUCAGAAUUGCAGUCUCCAACUGACCCUCGGGUUUUCAGCUUAACAAAAAUUGUAGAAAUAGCGCAUUAUAAUAUGAACCGGAUCAGAUUAGUUUGGUCUCGUAUAUGGAACGUUCUGUCUGAUUUCUUUGUGUCAGUUGGGCUAUCAGAAAAUCUUUCAGUUGCGAUCUUUGUGAUGGACUCGUUGCGGCAGUUGGCUAUGAAGUUCCUGGAGCGGGAGGAGCUGGCAAACUACAAUUUCCAGAAUGAGUUUCUUAGACCAUUUGUAAUUGUUAUGCAGAAAAGCAACUCCGCAGAGAUUAGAGAACUGAUAGUUAGAUGUAUCUCUCAGAUGGUUCUCAGCCGCGUAAGCAAUGUCAAAUCUGGGUGGAAAAGUGUUUUCCUGAUUUUUACAGCUGCUGCAGCUGAUGAGAGGAAGAAUAUUGUCUUGUUGGCCUUCGAAACCAUGGAAAAGAUUGUCCGUGAAUAUUUCCCUUAUAUAACUGAGACUGAGGCGAUGACCUUUACGGACUGUGUAAGAUGCCUCCUUGCUUUUACGACUAGCAGAUUUAACAAUGAUGUCAGCCCCAAUGCCAUAGCAUUUCUUCGGUUUUGUGCGGUCAAACUUGCUGAAGGUGAACUUUUGUCCAACGGGAAGAGCAUAAGUGAUGGUUCAACUUCAGAUGCAGCAGAAGGUGGUGGUGAGGUUGUGUUGAAUGCAGAAACUUUCAUCAAUAAGGACGAGCCAUCAUCUUUUUGGGUCCCUUUACUUGCUGGGUUGUCAAAACUGACAUCAGAUUCCAGACUAGCAAUCAGGAAAAGUUCUUUAGAAGUGCUUUUUAGCAUACUGAAGGAUCAUGGUCAUGUCUUCUCCAGCGAGUUCUGGAUUGCUGUUUUCAACUCUAUUGUUCUUCCGAUAUUCAAUUUUGUCUCUGAGAAAGAGGUGCCUGUGAGGGAUGACCAGUCAUCACCUAGUGCUAGAUCUUCACAAUCUGAAGGAAGUACUUGGGAUUCUGAAACUGCUUCUGUGGCUGCACAUUGUUUAGUAGAUCUCUUUGUUAGUUUCUUCGAUGUGGUGAGGCCUCAACUGCCUGGUGUUGUUUUAAUAAUAACAGGGUUCAUAAAGAGUCCUGUUCAAGGUACUGCCAGUACAGGUGUUGCUGCACUAGUGCGAUUAACAGAUGACUUGGGCAUCAGACUUUCAGAGCAUGAAUGGAGGCUGAUAUAUGUGGGUUUGAAGGAAGCAACAGAAUCGACUAUUCCUGGAUUUUUGAAGGUUCUAGGAACCAUGGAUAACAUUGAAUUCACUCGUUAUUCUCAGACAGAUUUGGAAAUGGAUUCCGAUCACGGGCUCAGCAGUGAUGACAUUGAGGAUGAUAAUCUUCACACUGCAGCUUACGUGAUUUCGCGGAUGAAGAGUCACAUUGCUGUGCAGCUACUCUUGAUACAGGUGGUGGCCGAUCUGUACACGUCACACCCAAAAUCUCUAUGCCGAGGCAAUAUUGCAACCAUCCUGGAGUUAUUUUCUUCAGUUGCUUCACAUGCCCACCAACUGAACUCUGAAAUGAAACUGCAGAAGAAGAUUCAGAGAGUGUGCUCUGUGCUAGAGCUCUCAGGUCCACCCAUUGUUCAUUUUGAAAACGAGUCUUACCAGAGCUAUCUCAACUUUCUUCAGUAUUUGCUCCUGCAAUUUCCUGGAUUGUCCAGUGAGAUGGGCACGGAAUCACGGCUGGUCACAGUGUGUAUGGAAGUGGUGCAAACAUACUUGAAUUGCACGAGCCCUCGAUUCGCGCAGGUGAGAUCGGCGAACCGGCUGGUUCUUCACUGGAUUCUCCCGCUAGGUUCGGCGAAGAAGGAAGAACUGGCGGCCAGGACGGCAUUAGUUGUGACGGCGCUGAGAGUGUUGGGCAAUCUGGAGAGAGACACGUUCAGGAGGCACGCCUCACGAUUUUUCCCUUUGUUGGUCGAUCUCGUGCGGAGCGAGCAUAGCUCUGGGGAAGUUCAGCGUGUCCUUACAUACAUAUUUCAACAAUGUAUAGGUUCCAUAAUAAUGGAAUGACGAUUUCACCUCACACCUCCGAAAAAAUUUUGCGAUCCCGCGUAUAAUUGGUGUCACCACCAGUUUGAAAAAAUCCUUUACCCUUUGAUUCUAUGGCAGGAUAGAGAGCACGAUUCCCUCUGUAAAAGUUCCCUCUUCCUUUUUCCCCACUUGGAAAUGUACUGUAUAAAUGGCGAGGUUGUCGGCCUACCUAUACUUUGUGAGUCUCCUUUCUC